AUGAAUACCACCCUCUAAUUACACUUGCCAAAAUUGCAGCAAUUCAUUUAGAAUUUUACAGAGGACAAGAAUUCGGUGGAUUUAUCAAAGUUACAGAAUACACUUGAAUUGAGAAUCCAAUAAACUUCUAUAUCUGUUAAUGAAGUACUCCACUUUUAUGAAUAUUGUCAAUCAUAGUAAUUAGUAUAUUUCCAAAAAUAGGGAGUUCUUAAAAAUGCAUAGCUCUAGAAAUUGGACUGAUGAAGAAUGGAAAAUAUUAUUAUGGGUAACACAAUAGUAUAGCUAAUUGCAUUCAAAAAGCAGUGAUGAAUUUGUAAAUCUAUAUAAGUUUACUUUAGUAAGGAUAGGAUUGGAUUAAUAUAUCUGAAAUAAUAGCAUUCAAAGACUCCUUAAAUUGUUAAUUUAAAUGGUUUUCUCACUUGAGAGUUGUUCCUACAAAUAAGAAUUGGUUACCCGAAGAAGAUAAGUUGCUUUAUAAAAUAAUGACAAAAGAACCAAACAUCAAGUGGUUUGAAGUGUAAUAUGAAAUGUUUAUUUAAUCGCAAGGAGUCUAUUUUAGAAAGGCAAAAUAAUACAGAGAGAGGUGGAAUAAUUAUCUCAAUCCCUAAGUAAAUAGGUAAGGUUGUUCAUUUAUCAUUUAAGAGGUAUUUGGACUGAGUUUGACGAUUAUAAUUUGCUAUAAAUUACAUUAGUGGAAGGUUUGAGAUGGUCAAACAUAUCGAAAAAGUUAAAAAAUAGGACUGAGAACUAAGUUAAGAAUAGAUUCAAAAGUCUGAUCAACAAGGAGAAGAAAAUAGUUUAAAUUCCAUAGGAUUAGCUUUAGGAUAAUUAGGAGGAUCCCCUGAAACAUGGAUUAGAUAAAAUGACUGAGUUCUUAAUUCAUUCAAUUCUGAGUAGAUUAAAACCAGUGGAAAAUACCUAAAACUCUAGCAACAGCAAUCAAUAAGAACAAUAAAACUUUAACAACGAAUAAUCAUUCCCUUAAAUCCCCUAAUAUCCUUAUAUGAUGCCUCCCCAACAAUAUUACUUCUAACAAUUUGCACAAAUGCCUUAGAUCCAAUAGAUUUAGACUAUUCCUACUAUGCAACCGUAAUUGUAACCAAUCCUAUCUUGCUAGUAAUAACAAUUAUAGGGAAUGAACAUUUAGAUACCACCACAUCAAUCUUUAAUUUCGUAAUAGCUCAUGUAAUAACAAUUAAUUCAAUAACAAUAACAAUAAUAAUAAUAAAUGAUCCCUAACUUUUAUUAAGGCCAAUACAUUCCUUAAUAAUUUAUAUAAUAAUAAUAGCAACAAUUUAAAUUCAAUCUAUAUUCAUCCUAAUAAAAUACACCUACCAAUUCAAUUGGAACUCUUAGUUCUUAACGUUCUGAAAAACUGAUUUCCGAUUAAAUCAAGGAGGAAGAAAACAGUGGAUCAUCUUCCAAUAAAGAACCCAAAGUUUAGAAAUUGGUUUGUGUAUCUGCUUAAUCAUCCAUUAAUGGUUCAACAAGUUCGGUGAAUUCAUUGGAUGUAAUCAAACAAAAUUUCAAUAAUAUGCAUAUAGAUUCUGAAUAAAAUAGCCCAGAUCCUAUUUAAAAAAGAAAGCAUUAACGAUCACAAUCAGGUGCCUUUGAUAUAAACAAUUAAGGAAAGAUUAAGACUAAGAGAUCGAGAUUCUUUUAUGCUUCGAAUGAUGGUUGA